AAGGGGGCAAGGGAAGAGAAGGAAUAAGAAAUGGGCGAAAACAUGGAAGCGCAUGGGAGAUCUCUGGCAGCACCGAUCAUCUUCUUCACUGUUGUAUCCUUCCAGAUAUUCGCCAAAUACAUCGAACGAAACAAAAAGAGAGGAAUGGAAACCGCUUCAGAGACCCAAUUGAGAGCAGAAAUCAAGCAACUCCAUAAGGAAGCGAGUUCAUAUUCGCAGCCUUCUACAUUUGCACAAGCUGCUAAGCUUCGGAGAACAGCUGCAGCCAGGGAGAGGGACCUUGCAAAAAUUCAGGAAUCACGGAGCAAGGAACUUAAAUCGUCAUACUACUCCUAUUCGCAAGCUCUGACAAUUCUAAAGGUAUUUAUAUAUUUUGUCAUGGUUUUCUGGUUUUGGCGAGUACCUAUUGCUGCAGUUCCAAGACAGUUGGUGGAACCCUUUGGGAAGCUGCUAUCUUGGAGAGCUGGUCCACCUUUGAAUGACAAUCUCAUGGUGGGAAUUGUACCUUGGUUGAUUGUUUCUACAAGAGUUGGCAAAAUUCUUACUCGCAGAGUCAUCAAUUAGAAACAAUUUGAUUUCUUCUUGUUUAUUUUGUAGCCUUUUUAUACACAAUUCAAGCUCCUACAGCUGAAUGAUUUGAUCCUCACAAGUAGUUUAUUUCUUUUUAGAUUUCAGAGUUAUCUUAUUCUUUGUAAGAAACUGCAAAAUACAGUUUAUGUUGUUUUUGUUCUUGAUCAUAUAUAUCCACCACAUAUAUAUAUUUUU